AUGGAAGCUCCCGGCUCUGGCGAUCCCGCACCUCCACGCCUGGGCGCAGUUGCCGUCAAGCUUCCCCCGUACUGGCCGUCCGAUCCUGCUCUAUGGUUCGCCCAUAUCGAGUCCCAGUUUGCCACCCGUGGGGUCAGCUGCCAACUGACGAAAUUCCACUACGUGGUCUCAGCGCUUUCCCCAGCCGAAGCGGCUGAAGUUCGCGAUAUCAUUAUGACCCCACCCGCAUCACGACCUUUUGACAGGCUGAAAGAAGAGCUCGUCCGGCGCACAACGGCUUCUGAGCAACGGCGCUUGCAACAACUGAUCAUCUCAGAAGAAUUGGGCGACCGCAAGCCGUCCCAACUCUUGCGCCGGAUGCAGCAACUUUUGGGGAACAGUGCGUCAUCGGUCGAUGCUUCCAUCGUGCGCGAGCUCUUCCUCCAGCGUCUUCCAUCGAACGUUCGCAUGAUCCUGUCCAGCUCAGCCAGUAUCCCUCUCGACGAAUUGGCGCAGCUAGCAGACAAGAUUAUGGACAACAUGAGCCUUCCCAUCGCCACUCCGGCGUUGUCCGCCGUGGUUGCGCAGCCCGAAGAGCAAUCCGAAUUGGCUAGACUUCGAGCAGACGUCGCCAAACUUACGGAACUCGUCAUCUCUAGCCAUCGAAUUCCUCGUUCCCGAAGCCCCAGCCCUGCACCCCCGCGCACUAGAUCCUCAUCGUUCCGUCGCUGGCGUCGCAGUCCGAGACCUCGCGAUCCAGACAGUACCCUUUGUUGGUACCACGAGACCUUCGGCGACCGUGCUCACAAGUGCACCCCUCCCUGCUCUUUUCCGGGAAACCGUCUUGCCAACAACUGA